CUCCCAAAUCUAUCAAAUUCAAUGUUCCAAGAGCGAGGCUUAAAGCCACGAUAGCGUCAUCACCAAGAUAUUAGCUCCGGAAACAGCUCCGGGAACAGGUGGGCCGUGAUACCCCUCAAUUGCCCCUCCCAUUAACUAUAAGUAUAACCAUAAUCGAAAGAAGCAUAACAAACUCUAAAAUAACUUCAACAUGGCAAAAGCAUUCAGAGAACUCAUCGGUGUUUCACCAUCCACUGCUUCCACAAAUGAUAGUGUCUUGAUAAUCAUCGAUGCUCAAAACGAGUAUGCUACUGGACAUUUAAAGACAGAGAAUGUUCAAUCAACACGCAAAGCUAUCUCCACUCUCCUCGAGAAAUACCGUGCUGCCUCCGCACCGCUUGUACAUGUCGUUCAUCAAGUCCCAGAAGGAGCUCCAGUCUUCACCCCAAAUUCUGACCUCGCAAAAGAGUUCGCAGAGCUUGAACCCAAGGGAGAUGAGAAGGUUAUUCAGAAGCAACAGCCAGGAUCUUUCACCGGAACGGAUCUGGACGAAUUCUUGAAGAAGUCAGGGAAGAACAAGAUCGUUUUGACAGGAUAUAUGGCGCAUGUUUGUGUCAGUACCACUGCUAGACAAGCUGCCGAGAGAGGGUAUGAUGUGAUCAUCGCAGAAGAUGCGGUGGGAGAUAGGAAUAUUCCUGGGGUGAAUGCAGAGGAUUUGGUGAGCGUGACGUUGGCAGAGUUGGCAGAUGCUUUUGGAAGUGUGGUGAAGGUUGUCUCCAAGACAACCUCGCGAGGUCCAACAUUCCGAUGAUUGCAAUGUCCGUCCUUGCUGAAGACUUUCUGCUGCUUCAGUGUCCUCAAGGCUUUAAUGUCCAUCCCUGCUACAGAAGCCUUUCUCCCUCGAUGUCCUCAAGUAUUUGAUGUCUGAUCCUGCUCCAGAACAUCUGCUUCUUGAAUGUCUCUUGUCCCUAUCCCUCAAGCUCCUCAAGAUCCCGCCUCUGCCCGCCAAUAUAUCUUGGUAUCCGAGAAAUCAUGUCGUACUUGUGGGAAAUCGAGAAUCCGACAAUCCUUCACCAUUUCUUUUAAAGACUUUUUAAUUCCAGCAUUCGACCCAUCAAAUCUACCAAAGUUCUCCACAUCCGUUCCAAUCAACACCGCAGGUCUUGGUCCAUCACUGAAACUCUGAUACACCGGA